AUGGCGUUCGGUCUACGAAACUCUGGGGCCACCUACCAACGAAUGGUAAACAAGUUGUUCAAGGGGUUGCUCGGGUCGACCAUGGAGGCAUACGUUGACGAUAUGCUCGUCAAGAGCCGAUCGAAGGAGAGCCACCCAGCCGACCUGACUCAGGCAUUCAAAGUGAUGGAGACUUUCAACUUACGCCUGAACCCAAGUAAGUGUGCUUUCGCCGUCCAGACAGGAAAAUUUUUGGGGUUCAUGAUGACAGGGCGAGGUAUCGAGCCAAACCCCGAGAAGAAAUCCAAUGGAUUCGAAUGGACACCAGCAUGUCAGUCGGCCUUUGAAGACCUGAAGGCCUACUUGAGCUCCUCACCAGUCCUUUCCAAGCCAGAGGAAGAAGAAACUUUGUUCAUCUACUUGGCGGUGUCCGAUCGGGCGGUCAGCUCGGUGCUCGUUCGAGAGGAAACCAAAGGAGUCCAAAAACCAAUCUAUUACGUCAGCAAAGCCCUCCAGGGAGCGGAAUUGAGAUACACCAAGUUUGAGAAGACCGCAUUUUCACUCUGGGUGACCGCCAGGAAACUUGCAGCCUACUUCCAAGCUCACCCGGUGGUAGUUUUGACUGACCAGCAGCUCGGAACGAUUCUCAGGAACCCAACAUCGUCGGGGCGAUUGAUCAAGUGGGCUAUGAUGCUUACCCAGUUUGCGAUUGAGUACAAGCCGCGCCCUGCAAUCAAAGCACAAGCAUUGGCCGAUUUCAUCGUAGAGUGCACUGCGCGAGACCCGGAGCCAGACCGACCGACUGCUCUGGAGGAACCAUGGUGGGAAACCUCUACUGAUGGGUCGUCCAGCAAGAAAGGAUGCGGAGGAGGAAUAGUACUCACUUCCCCAGAAGGUUUCAAAGUCUACCAUGCUUUGAUUUUCAAAUUUCGACCCACCAACAACGAAGCCGAAUAUGAAGCACUCAUAGACGGACUACGGUUGGCCAGACAGAUGAAGGCCGACCGACUGAGGAUACGAUCAGAUUCUCGAUUGAUAAUCGGUCAGCUUUCCAACACGAUCGAAGCAAAGGAGGAUCAGAUGAUACAGUACAAGGACAUUGCGCUGGAAUUGUUACAACAGUUUGACGGGUAUGAGUUGAUCCAAGUGCCCAGAACAGAGAAUACGGACGCCGACAUGCUGUCCAAAUUGACCCAGGAAGCCCCAGAGUACGUGUCCAAAAUCGCACGGAUUGAAGAAAUCGGUUCGCCAAGCAUUGACAUCAUUGAGGUCCGACCGGUCGAAAUAAGCGAGCCAGAUUGGAUGUACGACCUGAAGAACUACAUAGCCAAUGGCGCUCUACCGGAUGACGCCACCAGGGUAAAGAAGGUCAAAUUGAGAGCACCGCGUUUCCAGUUGGUCAACGGGAAGCUCUACAAGCAGUCGUACGGCGGACCACUCUUAAGGUGUCUGACCAAUGACGAAGCUAAAAUUGUGAUUGAAGAAGUUCAUGAUGGAAUUUUUUCCGCCCACCAGGGACCAAGGACGUUGGCACAAAAAAUCAUCUUGCUAGGGUACUAUUGGCCUUCAAUCAACUUGGAUUGCGAGCAGUACGUUUGUCGAUGCGUUACUUGUCAAGAUUUCCACAAGUUGCCUGGCCGACCGGCCACUUAUUACCAACCGAUCAGCGAGGUAAUACCCUUUGCGAGAUGGGGAGUGGACCUGAUCGGAGCGUUCCCAAUGACGGCCGGCCGGAAGAAAUAUGUGAUCGUAGCCAUCAACUACUUCACCAAGUGGGUGGAGGCGGAAGCACUUGCAACCAUCACCUCACAGCAAUGCCAAAGGUUUCUCUGGGAAAAGGUGAUCACUCGGUUUGGAGUUCCAGACUACUUGAUCACUGACAAUGGGACGCAAUUUGAUAGCCAGCCAUUCAAAAACUUUAUGGCUCGGCUGGGCAUCAGACACACUCGAGCAGCUGUAGCAUACCCGCAAGCCAACGGACAGGUGGAAAACACCAAUCGGACGAUCCUUGAUGGACUAAAGAAGAAGUUGCAAAGCGCGGGUCGAGGCUGGGUGGAGGAACUCCCGUAUGUUCUCUGGACCUAUAGAACCACUCCUUGA